CGCCGCCCUGAGCCCCGCGAGGUCCGGAGGCCGCGAUGACGCCGAGCCCCGCGCUGCUGCUGCUGCUGCCGCCGCUGCUGCUGGGGGCCCUCCCGCCGGCCGCCGCCGCCCGAGGCCCCCCGAGGAUGGCCGACAGGGUGGUCCCCCGGCUGGUGGCCCGGCUGGGCCGCACCGUCCGGCUGCCGUGCCCCGUGGAGGGGGACCCGCCGCCGCUGACCAUGUGGACCAAGGACGGCCGCACCAUCCACGGCGGCUGGAGCCGGUUCCGCGUGCUGCCCCAGGGCCUGCGGGUGAAGGAGGUGGAGCGGGAGGACGCGGGCGCCUACGUGUGCAAGGCCACCAACGGCUUCGGCAGCCUCAGCGUCAACUACACCCUCAUCGUCAUGGAGGAGACCAGCCCGUCCAGGGAGAGCCCAGGGCACGAGGGCUCCUCCGGGGGCCAGGAGGACCCAGCCAGCAAGCAGUGGGCGCGGCCCCGCUUCACGCAGCCCUCCAAGAUGCGGCGCCGGGUGAUCGCGCGGCCCGUGGGCAGCUCCGUGCGUCUCAAGUGCGUGGCCAGCGGGCACCCGCGGCCCGACAUCGUGUGGACGAAGGAUGACCAGGCCCUGGCGCGCCCCGAGGCCAGCGGGCACCGCAAGAAGUGGACGCUGAGCCUGAAGAACCUGCGCCCCGAGGACAGCGGCAAGUACACGUGCCGCGUGUCCAACCGCGCGGGCGCCAUCAACGCCACCUACAAGGUGGACGUGAUCCAGCGGACGCGGUCCAAGCCCGUCCUCACGGGCACGCACCCCGUGAACACCACCGUGGACUUCGGGGGCACGACCUCCUUCCAGUGCAAAGUGCGCAGCGACGUGAAGCCCGUGAUCCAGUGGCUGAAGCGCGUGGAGUACGGCGCCGAGGGCCGCUACAACUCCACCAUCGACGUGGGCGGCCAGAAGUUCGUGGUGCUGCCCACGGGCGACGUGUGGUCGCGGCCCGACGGCUCCUACCUCAACAAGCUGCUCGUCACCCGCGCCCGGCAGGACGACGCGGGCAUGUACAUCUGCCUGGGCGCCAACACCAUGGGCUACAGCUUCCGCAGCGCCUUCCUCACCGUGCUGCCAGAUCCCAAGCCGCCAGGACCCCCCGUGGCCCCCUCGGCCUCCGCCACCAGCCUGCCGUGGCCCGUGGUCAUCGGCAUCCCAGCCGGCGCCGUCUUCAUCCUGGGCACCGUGCUCCUGUGGCUCUGCCAGGCCAAGAAGAAGCCGUGCGCGCCCGUGCCCGCGCCCCCUGUGUCCGCACACCGUGCACCCGGGGCCUCCCGCGACCGCGGCGGCGACAAGGACCUGGCCGUGUCACCGGCCCUCGGCACCGCUGCCAGCGUGGGGCUGUGUGAGGAGCUCGGGGUCCCAGCGGCCCCCCAGCACCUGCUGGGCCCUGGGCCGGCUGCCGGCCCCAAGCUUUACCCCAAACUCUACACGGACGUGCACACGCACACACACACGCACACGCACUCACACACGCACUCGCAUGUGGAGGGCAAGGUCCACCAGCACCAGCACAUCCACUUCCAGUGCUAGGCGUGCUGCUCGGGGGCUGGCGCACAGCGGGGCGGGCGGGGGCCGCCGGGGCACCUGGA